UCCACCAUUCCUAUUCUGGAAAACAACCACAAGUUUCAAGACAUCCAUCCAUCCAUCCCCCUUUAAAAGGAAGAGCAGCCUCGGGGCUCAAUCAAGGUGGCCUCCCUUUGGGACCUCAUCCCAAAAUGCAGAGCUCAGGCUGCCUUCUCAUCCUCUUCUUCCUCCCUCUCUUGCUCAUCUCUCCAUUCUCCUCAGCCUUAUCCGAUGCCCAAGCCGCUUUCAUCGCUCGUCGACAGCUCCUAGGCCUCCCGGAGAAUGGCAUCUUGCCUGAAAACUUUGAGUUUCAGAUUAAUCUCGGGUUCACCUUCCCCAAUUCCAGGUUGAGAAGAGCCUACAUUGCAUUGCAAGCUUGGAAGAAAGCUAUAUAUUCAGACCCUUCAAAUUUCACGGCCAACUGGGAGGGUGAUGAUGUUUGCAACUACAAUGGAGUGUAUUGCGCAGAGGCUUUGGAUGACCCCAAACUCACCGUGGUGGCCGGCCUUGAUCUUAACCAUGCCGAUAUCGCCGGGUUUUUCCCGGCUGAACUCGGGCUGUUGACGGAUCUGGCCUUCUUCCAUGUCAAUUCCAAUAGGUUUUGUGGGAUUAUUCCCAAGAGCCUUUCCAGCUUGACGCUCUUGCAUGAAUUUGACGUCAGCAACAAUCGGCUGGUUGGCCCUUUUCCGAGCAUUGUUUUGGAGAUGCCUGCGCUCAAGUACCUUGAUCUCAGGUUCAACAACUUUGAGGGAGAGUUGCCCAGGGAACUGUUCGAGAAGGAUCUCGAUGCAUUGUUCUUGAACGACAAUAGAUUCACCUCAACCAUCCCGGACAACCUCGGCAACUCACCUGUCUCGGUGGUGGUUUUCGCUAACAACCAAUUCAGCGGCUGCAUUCCCAGCAGCAUUGGGAAGAUGGCUAACACAUUGAACGAGAUCAUCUUCUUCAACAACACGCUUGGAGGUUGCUUGCCGGCCGAGAUUGGGCUACUUGCAAACGCAACGGUGGUUGAUCUAGCGUCGAAUUCUUUCGAGGGGAUCUUGCCGAAGACAGUCAAUGGGCUGAAACACGUUGAAAGCUUGGACUUGGGGUACAAUAAGCUGACGGGUGUGGUGCCGGAAAGUCUCUGUCGGCUGCCGAGCUUGAAGAACUUCACGUUCUCAAAUAACUAUUUCAAUGGCGAGGCUCAAGGUUGCAACCCUGCGUUGAGGAAGGAUAUUGUGGUGGAUGACGGCGGCAAUUGCUUGCCUGACCGGCCCAAACAGAAGUUGCAAAACGAUUGUAAGUCGGUGGUGCUCAAGCCAGUUGAUUGCGGCAAGUCUAAGUGUGGGGCAGCUCCGCCAAAACCAGAGCCUCCGAAGCCUAAGCCACUGCCCCCCAAGCCAAGGCCACAGCCUCCUCGCCAACCCCCACCGCCCCCACCACCGGUCCACUCUCCUCCCCCACCCGUUCACUCACCUCCGCCACCAGUUUUCUCUCCACCCCCACCGGUUCACUCACCUCCGCCGCCAGUUCACUCUCCGCCCCCACCACCGGUCCACUCUCCUCCCCCACCUGUUCACUCACCUCCGCCACCAGUUUUCUCUCCACCCCCACUGGUCCACUCUCCACCCCCACCAAUCCACUCACCUCCACCACCGGUUUUCUCUCCACCUCCACCGGUUCGCUCCCCACCACCGCCCAUCUUCUCUCCCCCACCACCGGUUUUCUCUCCACCUCCACCGGUUCGCUCCCCACCGCCUCCACCACCAAUUUUCUCUCCACCACCUCCAGUUCACUCCCCACCACCGCCCAUCUUCUCUCCCCCACCACCGGUUUUCUCUCCACCUCCACCGGUUCGCUCCCCACCGCCUCCACCACCAGUUUUCUCUCCACCACCUCCAGUUCUCUCCCCACCACCGCCCAUCUUCUCUCCCCCACCACCAGCAUUCGAGGACGUUGUUCUGCCACCGAACCUAGGCGCUGAGUAUUCAUCACCCCCUCCACCAAUCUUCCAAGGCUACUAAAUGUUGCAUCUUCAACAAGGCCGCUCGGCUCUCUGAGUUCUGCAAUCUUGCACGAUUAUAUAGCUCGAGCUUUUUCAGCUCAUAGUUUGUGAUCCUCCACAUUAACAUGUAAUUUGCCUUGUGGCAGCCACAGAUGUGAGCUAUCAAUUGGCUCAGCAACGAGCAUUAAAAAGGAUGAGGGACUACACGUAUAUUUGCGUAAAUCCUAUAAUAUACGUGAGUUUAAUUAUUUCACUGUGUUGACUUCAUAUCUCAUUAUGAUUAUAGCAUUUUAACAGUCCCUCAAAUUAAUUAUCG